AGUGAGGUUUCCGUGGAGACAGCCGAGCCUACUGAAGGCGGCGGCGGCGGCACCUGCGAGCUGAAGCUGAGACAGGACAUGGUGGCACCGACUGCGCCGUGAGAGCAGAGUGGCCGCGGGGCCCACCAUGCGCCGGCGGCCCUGACAUGGGCGCCAGCGGCUCCAAAGCUCGGGGCCUGUGGCCCUUUGCUUCGGCGGCGGGGGGCGGCAACCCAGAGGCAGCAGGCGCUGAGCAAGCUUUGGUGCGGCCUCGAGGCCGAGCCGUGCCCCCCUUCGUAUUCACGCGCCGCGGCUCCAUGUUCUAUGACGAAGAUGGGGAUCUGGCUCACGAGUUCUAUGAGGAGACAAUCGUCACCAAGAACGGGCAGAAGCGGGCCAAGCUGAGGCGGGUGCAUAAGAAUCUGAUUCCUCAGGGCAUCGUGAAGCUGGAUCCCCCCCGCAUCCAUGUGGAUUUUCCUGUGAUCCUCUAUGAGGUGUGAGACUGGGAGGUGGCAGGCACAAGCAUCCCCUGCCCCAGCAAGAAACCCCCAGGCUCAAGGUGUGGUUUCCAUUGAGGAGCCCAAGCUGGGGCCACAACCCUGAAUAAACUCCGUUGGCCCAGAACCUUCAGCUUUGAGCGGGUCAGUCCCGCAGUGUUGGUUGGGUAUUGGUUUGUGUUUGGACAAGAGGUGGUUGAAGGCUGGCAAAAGCUAAUGGCAGACUUAACAGCCCACUCUCCCCAGCCACUCCUGCAAGAGGCAUGGAAGGGCAUGUACCAGUCAGGAAUACCUGGUUCCUGGUUCUUUGCCUGGCCUGCCUUCUUCCAAGCUUGCCUGGGGCCUAGCCCUGCUAGAGGCUACAGCACUUUAUAAGCAAGGUCUGCCUUCUUCCAGCCCCUGGGUUGCGGGGGCUACACACAAGUGGGAACUUCCUCUUCUUCACUUCCCUUUUACCCCCUAGUCAGAGCAUUUCAGCCAUUUGCUACCUCGAUUCCUCCUGUGUUGGACAGAGGCUAUGGGCAGUACAAGCCUAAUUCUUCCCACCUCCCUGCCAUUUGUUCCCACCUUCAGAUGGACGGACAGUUUGCUACCUGUCAGUAGGAGCAGGGACUGGUGUGGGAGGCUUCUCUCUCCACCCAGGACUGGGCUGAUCCCCCUACUGCAACUAGUUGUUGCCCCCCACACUCCCCCAGUUGAGAAGUUGAGAGGGUACAGGCCAGGGUCAGGAUGGGCUAUGGCUGCUUAUAUCCAUGAGAAGUUACUCCAUCCCACCUAUUCUGUCUAAUCCCCCAUGCCUUUGCACCAGCCUGUCCUGCCCCCCCACACACACACACAAUUGGGAAGGGACCCUAAGACUAGUGCCAGUAGCUGUGAGUGGCCCCACCACCCACUCCCCUACAGUAAUCCCCAUGCCCUCAGGAUCAGUCAAGGGAAAGUACUGGAGCCCCUGGGUAGGGGUCAAAAAAGAGGAAAAUCAUAAAAGGAAUACUUAUAAUGUGAAGGUUUGUAAAUAGUCCAUGAUGAUGUUGGGGCAGUGUCUAAUUUCUACACAGAGAUGACUUUUUUUUUUAAUACUGUGCAAGCCCUGUGCUUCUAGAGUGUGGGAAAUGGCUUGGAGAGGGUGGCCCUCAGCCUAGGAAGACUGUUGUGUUAUUUGUUCAAUUUCAAUAAAAUUAUUUGUAGAUCCUGCA